AAGCUUGUGUAGUAGUUCUUGAUAAUACCGAAUAUGCAAGAAACGGUGAUUAUCCUCCAAACCGUUUCGAAGCUCAAACGGACACAAUUCCUAUAAUAAUAAGUUCUAAGCAGUAACUAAAUCAAGAAAAUUCAGUAGGAAUAAUGACUAUGGGCGGUUAAUAAGUUGAAGUACUUGUAACUCCAAAUAAAGAGGGAAAAGCCACACUUUUUGAAUGCCUUAGCAAUAUCUUAGCUAGCAUUAAAACAUAGGCAAAAUAAGAAUUAAAGAUAUAAGAAGAAGAAAAAUAAUUAAAUGAUAUUGCAAAAUAAUUAAAAAAAAAUAAAGUGAGUGUAGAUGUAAUAAAUAUGUACUAAAACAAUGAAAACUAAGUUUAAAAAUUGCAAAAAUUCAUUGAAACAGUAAAUUCAGGUGAUACAUCUCAUUUUUUAAAUGUAGAAAGUGGACAAAACAUUACUGAUAUUUUGAUUUCCUCUCCUAUUUUGAAUGUUCAUGUUUCUUCUUAAGGAGGAGUUUAAGGCGAGUAAGGAGUUGCUCCUGGUUAAUUUGAUGAAUAUGGUGGGGUUGAUCCUGAAAAAGAUCCUGAAUUAGCGAUGGCAAUUAAAUAAUCAUUAGAUGAAGAAAAAAGAAGAAGAGAAUAAGAAUAAUAACAAUAAUAAUAAUAGUAACCUUAAUAAUAAUUAGAAGAAAAGAAUAUAGUAUAAAAUAAUAAUUAAAUGGAAGAAGAAAGACACUUAUUAGCUGAAGAAGGAGGUGAUAUGGAAGAUGAAGAAGAGUUAUUAAGGAAAGCAAUGGAAGAAUCAAUGAAACCAAAUCCAUUAGCAAAUUAAGAAAACAAAAAAGAGGAUGAAAAAUACAAAGGAGAAGGAGCUGAUUCUUCAGCUUAAAUUUAAAAAAAUCUUUUAGAAAAUCAAGAAUUUAUUGAUGAUUUACUCAAAAUGGUUUAAGAUUAAAAACCUGAAAAGAAAAAAGAUGAUAAAGAUUAGAAAAAAUGAAUGAAUAUAUAUAAUUUUUAUAAUAUAUAAAAUUAUAUAUAUAUUUUAUUAUUAUUUUUCAUUUUAAAUACAUGUCC